AUGGACAUGGCCAACCAGUUGCUAGAUGAAUUAGCACAUGGAAAUUUUUCCCACCUAACGCUAAACUUGUCCCAAAAUGGUAGGGAAAUUGCUAUCUUACAGAAGCAAUUGACCGGAUUUGAUGAUAAACAGCUAGAAACGUUUGUAGAACAACACCCGGCUAUGCCCAAUGAUACGAGAUUCAAAAUCAUGUGUACAUCCUUUUUAAAUUAUGCCCGAGAUGUCGACCCAUGGUCAGCCUGGUCCAGUUCGGAUCUAAUUUUUGAGUUUUAUCAAUGUUUAAUCAACUGUCUCAUCAACGACAAUGCUCCUCACAUAGAAAUGUUGAUACCAGUAGCAACUAGAGAAACAGAAUUUAUCAUCAAUCUCGCUGGGAAACUAGACUCUUUCCACUUGCAACUGCAUACGAGAAGUCACCAAUUUCUAUCACAUAUAUCGUCCAUCCUAUCAAGACUAUUUAACAGCAUCAAACCUCCACGAGGUAACGCAUCUUCUACAAAUAUACCUGGAAAACAACGAAUACUGCUCUACCUGGUCAAUAAACUAAAUAACAUCUACUUCAGGAUCGAGUCACCGCAAUUAUGUUCCAAUAUCUUUAAGAACUUUCAGCCAAAAAGCAUGCUUGCACAUUUCAACGAAUACCAGCUCGACCAGCAAAUAGAAUACAGAUAUCUAUUAGGAAGGUACUACUUGUUGAACUCUCAAGUACAUAAUGCCUUCGUUCAAUUCAAUGAAGCUUUCCAGUCCUUAUUGAACUUGCCGUUAACGAACCAAGCGAUCACUAGGAAUGGCACCAGAAUACUAAAUUACAUGAUCCCUACAGGGCUGAUACUGGGAAAGAUGGUCAAAUGGGGACCGUUGCGACCGUUCCUUUCCCAAGAAACAAUUGAUAAUUGGAGUGUUCUCUACAAACACGUACGUUAUGGGAAUAUUCAAGGCGUGAGUCUCUGGCUGAGACAAAACGAGCGUCAUUUGUGUGCAAGACAGUUACUGAUCGUGCUCCUAGAGAAACUGCCCAUGGUAACGUACAGAAAUCUGAUUAAAACGGUAAUAAAGUCCUGGACCACCGAAUGGGGUCAGAACAAAUUACCGUACUCCUUGAUAGAACGGGUACUACAGCUAUCUAUUGGUCCGACAUUCGAGGAUCCCGGCGCCCAGGAAAUUACCAUUUAUAAUGGCAUUCACUCCCCCAAGAACGUCGAAAACGUACUUGUGACACUGAUUAACUUGGGACUUUUACGCGCAAACUGUUUCCCACAGUUACAACUGUGUGUAGUGAAAAAGACUACAAUGAUACAAGAGAUUGUUCCGCCGGUUAAUGAACGAAUCACCAAGAUGUUUCCUGCCCAUUCUCACGUUCUUUGGUGA